CUUGGCAGCACUUCUGGCUUUCAAGUUUCAGUAGCUUGUUCAAGCUCGACAUGCCGCUUUCAGGAAUUUUGUGGACUGUUCUGCGCUCGAUUACUUUAAUAGUGUGGUGGCUCGCCUUGUCAUGCGUGCCCGCAAACAUCACUGGAUUGAAAGGAGACGUGCAGCCCGCUAUCUACGACGGUGAGAGGGAACGAUCGGUUGUUCCAAAGCCAGACGUGAACAUCGUUGCGAAGUUGCGAGCUUUUUGCUAUUUCACUGGCCUGGGUUCCCUCGCCUGUCAAGCUUGGGCUUUAUCUCAUCCAUCCUGUUCAGUCGUGCGUCCACCGGAUUUCCUUCUAUCCGCCAUUUGCUGUCUAAUUGGCGCCCACUGCCGCGUCAUCCGAGCCUACCUCACCAACGAAGUUCUGUGAGGCCAUGCCAUUGUACAUAGUACAAAGGGCAGAAUGGGAAGGGAAGCGAGCAGCGAGCAGUGUAGACAUUAAACGACACAAUUUAUUCUCAACAAGAUCUGGGUCAGAAAAU